UAUUAUUGAAUGAAUCGUUGAAUUACAUGGAUUGUUAUUUAUCUAAAAUGCAUUCUCGUAUUCCGUUAUCGCUUCGAUGAUUUCGAUAAACUGUUGAAACAGAUUACAAGAGAGAAAGAGAGAGAGAGAAAUUGAUUUUUUCUUCCGUAAUAAACUUUAUCACAAGGUGAAUCAAUUAUAAUUACAUGUUUAUAAGAAAUUUUAUAGAUCUUAUCGAUUAUGGGAAUCACAAGAUAAAUCAAUUUUCCAAGUAAUGUAAAGAAAUAUAAAAUCUGUCAAAUGUUUCGUUAAACGUAACAUUUAAAUAUUUUCGAAAUUUCAUUCAAUUGAUGAAAAUUACUAUUCGGCUGAUAAUGAUAUAAACGCAUACAUACGUAUCGCGCACGAAGGGAGGGAAAAAAUAAUAACACUAAUUGAAAUGUAUCAUAUUUGAUUUGAUAAAAAUUGGAGAAGAGCGAAGGUUCGUUCGUUCCCAUGGAUCGAUGAAAUUCGAUUGUCUUGCGAGGUUCGCGCGCGAGGGGGAUGCUAAACAGCGUGGUUUGUUGCGCAUCGACGCUUCGUCUUCGGUUGGAAACGUUUUCACUCAUUCUCGAACGUUCCGUUCGUAUUAAAGAAAUUUGAAUAACAAUGUCAAUGAAGAAAGGGACAUUUUUUUAAAACGCUCGCGCGAAAUCGUGGAACGAACGCUUAGGUGUACAGUGUUCAAGGUGAAAGCAUUUCAGAGAGAGAGAAAGAGCGAUAGAGAUAAAGAGAUAGAGAGAGAAAGAGAGAGAGAGAGAGAGAGAAGAAGUUGAAAAAAGAUGUCAAGCGAGGAAGAAACGAAAGAGACGACGAAAGAAGGAAAGGAGACUACCGAAGAGGAUCUGCAGAUAUUCGAAACGCUUUGUAUAUCAUCGCCCCGAAAGGAAGAAGCGAUGACCCACGAUCUAACGACCACAUUGAGGAGCGAGAUAGCAGCCCUCGAAUAUAAACGGGACAGACUGAUGUCUGAGCUCCAAGAGACGAAGAAUCUCGCGAGAUCCCGGGAUCAACGAGUUGUGGAACUGCAACUGGAGGCUGAUCAACUUCGCGAGCAAGCGGCCAGGCAGAACGCCAUAGUUUCGAGUUUAAAAAAACGCGUACAGGAAUCAGAGGAGCGGGAGAGGAGUCUUUACGCGGCGCAAGGGAGGAGCGAGAUCACGUUGCAAGGGUUGCAACGAGACUUGAAGUACCACGAGGAAAAGGUUCGGGAAUGCGAGAAGAGGAUACGGCAAUUGGAGCAGGAGGCGUCGGAGGAGAGGGAGUCGAAGGAGCGGGCGCGUACCGGUUUUCAGGAGUUCGCGAGGAAAUUGGCGAGCGCGUUGAGCGUGGAGUACCGUGAAUCCGUGCAUCCAAGCCCCGAGAUGGUGAGUCACAAGGUGGAGGAGUUGGUGCAGGAGGCGGGCCGCCUUCGGGCGAGGAACACGGGCGUGGAGGCGCAGCUGGCCGCUGUCGAGGUCGAGUUCAGGGGGUGCAGGGACGCUUUGGAUCGCGCAGUGGCCGAGAAGGAGCAGCUACAACGCCAGAUGUCCUCGCAGUCGGUCGAUUUGGAUCGUUUCAAACAGGACAAGGAAUGCCUCGAGAUGCGAUACAGGGUCGCGGAGAGGGAAUUGAACGAGUUGAGGGAUAAGUUGAUGAGCGCGAACAGAAGCAUAAGCACGGCGAGCGGGAAUAUAUCGAGUCAGGAGGCGUUGAUCGGCCAGCUACGAGAAGAUUUGAUGCAGCGAGAAGAAAAGUGUCAACGAUUGCAAACCGAGUUGCGACACUUUUUGGAAUCGUUGGCGGUGUUGGUGAGCGGGCCGAACAGAUUCGUCGAGUCGCACGAAAACGCCAUCAAGGAUCGCAUUAAGGAGAUUUUGGCCGAGAACAAAGAUCAGGCUCUUACUGUUCAAAAUCUUCGCGACAAGGUAAACACUGCCACGGAAUCGACGAGCCGACAGAGCGAGCUGAUCGAGGCGACAGUGGCGAAAAUGCGAAACACGGAGCUGGAACGAUCGGAAUUGGAGGGCAAGGUUCGAAAGAUGGAGGCCGAGUUGACCGAUUGCGAGCUGGCUAGGGAACGUUCGCGCAGGGACAAGCAAACUUUCGUCACGUUUUUGGACCGGUUAGGGAAAGCGAUGCAAAUGGACGAGAUCUCCGAGGAGAUGGGUAUCGAUCUUCAAACGGAAUCGCUUUUGGUACGAGCCGAGCAACUGGCCAGAUUGGAGGGCGACAAGUUGGUGGACAAGUACUCGCGCCGCGACCACAACGCCACCUUGCCGAGGAUUCGGCGCGAGCGAUCCUUCCACGAGCUUGUUCCUUCCGUGAAAGAAACGUCAGUGGUCUAUCAACUGCAACGCCGCGUGAGAACGCUUCGAGAACAAUUGCAGCGCAGGGAUCUUCACUUGGAUCUUCUUCGCAGAAAGUUGUCGCUUCAAGAGGAAAGCGUUAAGAUGAGAUCGUUGCUUCAAAAUGAAAGGGACGAAGCGUGCCUACGAGCGAAGAAGUUGUCGAAGCAAACGGAUCGUUUGCAGGCGCAAAUACUGGAGGAAAGAUCGAGAAAUCGGGAGUUGAGCGCGCAAUUGACGGAAGCCGCCGAUUACAAAAUAGCCGCCUUGGAACGAAGUCGAAAGAUCGAUGAGCUGCAGAAACGAUUGGUGGAGAGCGAGAUGCUGAGGACGCGAUACUCGAGAAAAUUGAGCAUGUUGAAGGAACAAAUGAGAAGCACCACCGAGACCGCCGAACAAGAGAGAUCAAUCAGCGAUCACUCGUUGCAAUUGUUAAGGGACGAGUUGGCGCAGGUUAAACAGAAUCUUUCCGAAGUUACGAAAAGGGAAUCCCAAUUGCAAAGCUUCCGAGUGUCCGUGACGAAAUUAUUGUCGGAACCGAUCUGCACCCCCGAUUACGAGAUCAUCUCGCGAUUGCAGAAAAUGGUAGCGGCCCAUCGCGACUUUACCAUGAUUUCACGUAGAUACGAGGAACCCUUGGAGACCAGCCCCUCCAGAUGUACCAGCAUACACGCGAUGCAUCCUCCCAGAUCGCCAGGAUGCGCACGAUACGAGGACAACGGGUUCGCAGAUCCCCCGGAUCUUCGAGACAUCGAGGACGAGUUCAACAAAACUCGGCCGGUACGAAGCAGCCUUCUUCCGUGACGUCGGCCUAUAUUUCGAUGCUAAACGCCCGAAUAUCGAUACCGACAUCUCCUCCGUCCAGUUUAUUCCAUUCAAAAGUUUUUCCUUAUCGAUCGUUUCAUUUCUCACGACUGCACGAUCGUAGCAAGUCAUUGUUGCGCGCGCGAUUCGACCGUGUGCGCGUAUGCGUAACGGAGUUGGCGUGCAUAGCGUGUAUUGUAGAGUGGAACAACCGCAUUCCAGGAUGUAUAGACGGUAGAGAGCGAGACUGAAGUUGCGCAGCCUGUGCUGCGCAACGCAACGCGAGACCGGGACGAGACGAGAAGAGAACGUUUGCCUAGUUGCGCGAAUCCCAAGAGGAGACUCUAUCUUUUUUACAUCGUUAAUCACUCGAAAAAAUUACUCCGCAUUCUCGAAACUUUUUCGAAACGAAAAUAUAUCUUUUAUUUCGACGAAUUCGACGAAAAUAGAAGAUAGGUUUUAGGAAAAGGUGAAUGUUGUGGGAUAUAAUUUACGAGGGAUGUAUUUCUUUAUAGAAAUAGGUUAGGAAAGGGCAUCGUUCGAAGUUUUUCGGAAUUUUAUUAGGGAGAUGGGGGUGCGUGAUUUUGCGGAACGCGUUUCUUGCCUGGGAGAGAAAUGAGUGUGCGUGUAUACGUACACGUGUACGAGCACGAGUUGGUACGACUGGUUAGCCGUGAACUUGGCCAAGAGUGAACUACCUCUUCCUCUGCAGAAUCGUGAAUGCAAAGUCGCUAGCUUUGGCCUCCUUCUUAUUUCUCGUCUGUACGAACGCGUGCGCUGCAGUUAUUUCGGGGGAGACGGGAUCACGUUAUCUCUCGUUUUCAAACUACGCGUGAUUUGCAACUACGUGUGCAUUUGUAUUCCGCGUUCUUCGUAUUUUUCUUUUUUUUUUUUUUUAUAUUAUUUGUCCGUGAUUUACGAUUUGUCAACGAUUCAACCAUUCGAUCAAUCGAUUUUGCUUAAUUGGUAAGUUCGAGAAUUUACCGCUGAAAUUUCUUUACGGAUUCUCGUCGUUGACAGAUAGAAAGAGAGGAAAUAAUCAAUCUUUUGAUCGAAAUUUCACCGAUCCUAAACUUCAUCGUGAAAUAUUUGUUUCGCGUAAUUUACCUUAACAACGGUUGAUUCGCAUCGCGAAUAAUGAAAAAUAAGUAACGAAAUAAAAAACACUAUAUAAUAUGUAAAGUAGAGAGUUUGUAUCUACUUAUCGAACAAAAUCACGCAUUCUUCUGCAUUCACGCUUGCAUCUACGAUGUACUCCCAUAUGUACUCCCGUGUAAAUAUAAAUAUAUCCGU